UAAAAUCCAUCGAAAUCCUCCGAUUUCCGAAGACGAGACGGAUAUGCGGUGUGCCAAUGUCAAAUCUCUGAUAGCAUUGGUCAAUUGACUCGUCCUGAAUGCCUCCUCCUAACCUUUGGAUCAACAAUGGAGGGCGGGGAACGCACGCGUUGCAAUUGCAAUUGCAACAUCCGAACGCGUCGGCGAGCUAGGCGAGCAGAUGAACCCCGGUCACUGUUCCCAACAUCUCCAUCGACGAACAUUUCCACGAAAAUCUCGCUGCUCUCGCGAAAAAAGGACGCCACCCGCCCUUGCUUGCUCUCCAGUUUGCACCCUGGAGGCAGGUGCAGGGGCGCUCCUCGCCAGCGGGCAGUCAACCGCCCGCGUCGGCCAUGGCGGAGGCGGGGAGGCGGACGCUUGCGCUGGUGAACCUGGCGGCCAUCAUGGAGCGCGCCGACGAGGCGCUGCUGCCCGCGGUGUACCGGGAGGUGGGCGCAGCGCUGGGCGCCACGCCCGUGGCACUCGGCGCGCUCACGCUCUACCGCUCAGCCGUGCAGGCCGCCUGCUACCCGCUGGCCGCCUACGCCGCCGUGCGCUACAACCGCGCCCACGUAGUCGCCGUUGGGGCCGUUCUCUGGGCCGCCGCCACCUUCCUCGUCGCCGUCUCAGACACCUUUGCCCAGGUAGCGAUAGCUAGAUGUUUGAAUGGUAUUGGCCUAGCACUUGUCACCCCGGCGAUCCAAUCUCUGGUGGCAGAUUGCUCUGAUGACAACACUCGAGGCGCCGCAUUUGGAUGGCUUCAACUUACGGGAAACAUUGGUUCAAUUAUUGGUGGUUUGUUUUCCCUGAUGCUUGCACCCACCACAGUCAUGGGUAUUGCCGGCUGGCGUGUUGCAUUUCACAUUGUUGCUGUUAUAAGCGUUGUAGUCGGUGUGUUGGUUGGCCUAUUUGCAGUGGACCCUCAUUUCCUCCAUGUUGAAAGUGGCGAGCAGCUGUUACGCAAGUCUGCAUGGGCAGAGAUGAAGGAUUUGGUGAGAGAAGCCAAGGCUGUUGUGAAGAUCUCAUCGUUUCAGAUCAUUGUGGCUCAGGGUGUCACAGGCUCGUUUCCAUGGUCUGCCCUGGCCUUUGCCCCAAUGUGGCUGGAGUUGAUGGGGUUUACGCACAACAGAACUGGGCUCCUGAUGGUAACAUUUGCAUUGGCAAGCUCACUUGGAGGGCUGUUAGGUGGAAAGAUGGGGGAUCACUUUGCUACUCGCUUCCCGAAUUCCGGCCGAAUAGUCCUGUCGCAGAUAAGCUCAGCUUCUGCUAUUCCGUUGGCUGCUCUGUUGCUUUUGGGGCUCCCUGAUAACUCUUCUGGUUCCUUGCAUGGACUUGUCAUGUUUAUCAUGGGUCUGAGCAUCUCCUGGAAUGGUCCUGCAACUAACAACCCGAUAUUUGCUGAGAUUGUACCUGAGAGGUCAAGGACAAGCAUCUAUGCAUUGGACCGUUCUUUAGAGUCAGUUCUAGCUUCAUUCGCUCCACCAGUUGUUGGGUUUCUAGCCGAGCAUGUCUAUGGGUACAAUCCCGUCCCCUACGGAGCUGCAGAUAACAAUGUUGGCAGGGAUAAAUCAAAUGCUGGCGCCCUAGCCAAAGCUCUGUACACGUCGAUCGCCAUCCCUAUGCUGCUGUGCUGCUUCAUCUACUCCCUGUUGUACCGGACGUACCCACGAGACAGGGAGAGGGCAAGGAUGGACUCUCUGAUCACUCCAGAGCUCCAGCAGAUUGAACUGGAAAGAUGUCAUGGGCAAGCGGAUUAUUAUUCUGGAAGGAAGGACAAGGACGGCUCUACUGUCUUCGAUAUGGAUUACAGAGGAAUCGACGCCUAUGAUGACGAGAAGGGAUUAAUCGAUCAGCAGGCUAAGCAGAGCGGCAAUGUCAAGUGGCACAGGAGUCAUUCACAGAAUUUGUGACGUUUUUGCCAAAGUAUCAGUGCUCUCGGAUCUGUACAGAAAACGUGAGUGAGAGUGAGUUACCUCUCGAAGGACGAUUACAUAGGGUUGUUUAGAUAGACUCAGAAGCAUCAGAACAAUUCGGUUAUGUUCAGCAUUAUAUAUAUAUAUAUAUAUAUAUAAUAAUAGUAUAAGACUUUUGGAGGAAUAUGGAGGUGAAUAUAUAUUUGUAUUUGAUCAGACCGACGAGGCUACUAUACAAAUUAUGUAAUCAGUAAAACAAAAAUAUAAACUGCCCGUCUAGCUCAGUUGGUAGAGCGCAAGGCUCUUAACCUUGUGGUCGUGGGUUCGAGCCCCACGGUGGGCGUUAUUUUUGUUCA